AUGCAAUCCCCAACUACAUUUCUCAUGGCAUCAGAGAUGGAAGCAGAUGAAGAGAUCAAUCACGAUUGGGACUUCACCAUCGUCUGCAACUCGAAGCACUUCGUCGUCACAGUAUUGCCUGGUCCUCUUCCAGAAGACCCAACAACCUCUCUUCUUACCCGGUACAGUAAGGCAUUUGUCGAAGAUGACGAUGAGAAAAUUCAGGAGGCCCAAGACGAAAUCUUGGACCUAGUCUUCGAUGCUGGGUGGCAGAAAUUCAGAGCGAUAGCACCACCUAUCCCAAAAGGAGACUCAUCUCCCAGGAUAUCCACGAAGAAUCUCCAUUCCGACCUCAAUCCAGAAACAUUCUAUUUCCGCCUCGUUGUGACCGAAGGACAUGCAGAGAUAGUGCAAACGCCUCCUCACCCACCACAAUUUAAUUCCUUCUAUCUGAAUCUGAAGGACAACACGCUAGACUUGCCCCGCUACUCUUCUCGAGAUAUCACGGUAACGAGCAAGCUGAUGGGCUUGGGAUAUAUCGCCAAAGUAUUAAUAAGCGGACUUGACAUGUGCUGCAAGAUUGGCACGACACAAUCCUUUAAAGCAGUGCAGCGCGAAUACGAUUGCUUGCGACAGAUCACGAUAUCGAAAAGUGCAGCCUCUAUUCCAGCGCCGAAGCUACUUGGGUUGGUUGUUGAUGAUAAUGGGGUCGUUCUUGGGAUUUUAGAGGAAUUUAUUGCGAACAAAGGAAGGUUGAGUGAUGUGAUCAAGAAUGAGGCUGGGGUUUCUGAGAGAAGAGCAAAGUGGGUGGAGCAGAUUCGAAAGGCUGUUGCGCUCUUGCAUGAGAUUGACGUGGUGUGGGGGGAUGGAAAGGCGGAGAAUGUUCUUGUUGGGAGUGAGAGUGAUGAUUGUUUUUUGGUUGAUUUUGGAGGCAGCUAUACGGAUGGGUGGGUGGACAGGACCUUGAUGGAAACUCGUGCUGGAGAUGAUCAGGCUGUGGAGAAGAUUGCUAAGUUCUUGGAUGAUGGAGUCCGUCCUUGA